AUGGAAGAGAAUCCAAGCAUGGAUCUCUCUGGAGCCAGCCCAGCUCAAGAUGCGGUGGAGAGCACAGCAGAGCAUCCUGUGAACCAAGAGCCUAUCCAAGAAACACUUGAGCACCAAGUGACAAGCAGAUGGCCUGAGACCUCCUGCAAACCAGAGGAGGACUCUUCGGUGUGUAAAUCACCAACUGCUGAUGAAGGAGAGACAACACUGUCAGAUUUAGCUGGCCCUACAGUAGAGGAGAAGGUUCUUCAGGAAACUGAAGUAUCACUGGAAGAAUCUGGGAAGACGAGAGAUGGUGUCUCAGAAAGAUCCCAGGAAGAAGAUGACUUGGAUGAAGCCAGGCUGGCCCAUGAUAAAACAGACAGCAAAGGAGACAGCCCUGUCCACCAGGAAAUACAGGAGGACGAGGAGACAAGCAAGCAACAUGGAAACUCCUACACAGCAGAGCAAGAUGCUUCAUCAAGAAGCAAGUCGGUGAGCUCUGACAGUAAAAUGACACAUUUGGAUCUGACUGCCACAGAAGAUGUCACCAAGAGCCUCUCGGCAGAGAAGAGCACCAGUGCCCCUCUCCUAGAUCAGGAGCCAGAAGAGCACAUAGAGCAAGAAAUACAGGAGAGCAGGUCCCAAGGCAUGUUAAGGAACAGACAUGGGACUGCAGGGCACACAGCCCCAAAGCCAGAGGCUCAGUCCUGCUUGCAGAAUGCCACCACCCAAAACACAGACCAGGAGAAGGCCAAAAAGUCUCUUUUGCUGAAAGGUGAGGAAAAGAAGCUUCCCUUGCACGUUACUCAUCGACCAGAAGGCACUGAUCCUCCAGGAACAAGGCUUGUCGUUGUGAGCCUUGUAUUGCUUAGCUUCUGCAUAUUCUGCUUCGGCCACCUGACCUCCAAGUCCCAGCAAGUCCCCAGGAACCCCACAGUGGAGGCAUUCCUCAACCAGCUGCAGGACCGGUUUCCAGGGCAGAGUCCCCACCUGUGGCUUCGUGGGCGCAAGUUCCUGCAGAAGCACCUCAAUGCAUCCCACCACACGCAGCCAGCCAUCAUCAUCUUCACAGCUGCCCGCAAGGGCAAGCGGACCUUGCAAUGCCUCAGCACCCAUGUGGCUGACACCUACUCAGCUGCCCUGCAGGCCAGCACGGUCCAGAUCGAUGGCAUGGAUAAAUCCAGGCUCCAGAGUGACCGGGCAAAGCUGGAGUUGGACUCAGAGCUGAGCUUAGCUUUCCAGGCUGGGGGCCGUGCUGCAGUGAUACACCGCUUUGAGUUGCUGCCAGCAGGAGCCACCCUCAUCUUCUACAAGUACUGCGACCAUGAAAGUGCUGCUUUCAAGGACGUGGCCCUGCUGCUGACUGUGCUGCUGGAGGAGGAGACACUGGAGACCCACAUCAGCCUCCAGCAGGUGGAAGAGAGGGUCCGUGACUUCCUCUGGGCCAAGUUCACCAACACCAGGACCCCCAGCUCCUAUGACCACAUGGACUCUGAUAAGCUGAGUGGGCUAUGGAGCCGCAUCUCCCACCUGGUCCUACCGAUCCACCCGGUGCAGACCAUUGAGAAGGGGGGCUGCUAUGUCCAUACCAAACCCUAG